AUGUUGAAUGCACCCGCACUCCAUGCUCAGUCUUUUCUCGUCCUGGCAUGUAAUCUCGUGCUACCCUUUUAUGUCACCAUUUUUGCCAUUUUCACGUGCCAUUCGUUACUUUACUAUCAUUUCUUCUUUUUUUUCACAUUUACCAUUUUGGCUGCAUCAAACACACACUCUAUUUUGUGUAUUCUUUCGCAGCAGCAUAUGCAAAUAGCACCAUUAAUUUUUAUCUACACGUCUUUCUUCGUUCAACUGCGGUAUUCCUCCGAUAUCACGCGUUUUUUCUUCUUCUCCACAUUCUCAUUGUUCUUUGUUUUUGGUAAUUUUCCAAAUUAA